CGAGAUUCAUGCAAGUGAUGCUUCAACUAAAUCUAAAACAUGGAUGAAUCCAACAUGAGUGCAUCACCAAAAAGUGCUAAAAUGUUGAUAUAAAAGAUGUUAGAUCCUAUGAUAAUGCUAGUGCUGCUACCGCUGAUCAGUAUCAGUUCCAAAAGCUAGUGUGACUUGAGAUGUUGUGGAUAAGGUACUCUUUAUUGGUAUCACCUUUACUAGCAAAGACUGUGACAUUACACCAAACAAAUACUCAUACAAUCCAAGAAGUGCAAACAGAAGUCCAUACAACUUUAAUAACGAGAUGGUCAACGAUACAGCAUACAGAUGAACCCACCACCACCACGACUAUAACGAGGACUACCACAACAACUAUUGAUAUAGAUCCAUCUUCCUCUCCAUCAUCAUUCCCAUCACAGGUUGUUGAUUUACACAAUUAUGAAAGGUCAAAACAUAGUGCACAACCUCUUACUUGGUCUUCAGAACUGACAAAUUUUGCAGAGUCCUACGCUACAAACUAUAAUUGUAACGGGACUCUAAUCCACUCACAUUCAAAAUAUGGCGAAAAUUUAGCAUUAGGUUAUAAUACAAGUGCGGCUAUAAAGGCAUGGUAUGAUGAAGUGAAGCUAUAUGAUUUCAAUAAUCCAGGAUUUAGAGAAAGUACUGGUCAUUUCACACAAUUGGUUUGGAAUAGUACAAAAUAUAUUGGAUGUGCCGUAAAAGAUUGUGGUUCAUACUUUGGCCAAUAUUUGGUUUGUGAAUACGAUCCACCUGGGAAUUUCCAAGGUGCUUUUGAUGAUAAUGUUUUUGCUGGUUAGAAAGAAAAGGUUGGGUUUAAUUUGUGUGUAGUGUUCUCAAUUUAAUUGUUUGGUUGAUCUUCGUAUUUGAUAAGCUUGUAGCUGAGCCUUCUUCCCUUCAUGUCAACUAUAAAACUACCAACCACGCACAAAGACUCCAAAAAUAACUUUGGGUGGGUCUACAAUAGCUACGCCAUUGUUCUCUGCCACUGCCCCUUAAAGUCUAAACCAAUACCAGCCUUUAAGACGUUACGAAAGAAGUUUCUCGUUAAGGUACAAAAAUUUUGAGUGUAUUUUUGACGUUUUCCAGAUCUCAGGUACCCAAGCAGAAGGGAAAAAAAAAUUAGUCUGAGCAAGCUUUCUUAAGUGUCAACACAACACCAAAC